AUGGGACAUCUUCAAUCCGUCCUAGCCACCGUCAAGGUCAGCAGUCAGUAUAUGCUGAUCCAUCUUAUCCUUGGAUCAAUGACCACUUUCACCUCCGCUACUUCCCCCUUGCGUCUUCCAGCCAUCGCGAUUAUCCUGGGACUCGCCUUGUCCAUUCAAAAUGCCAUCCAACACGCUCCUAAUGUCCCCAUCCCUCUGCGGGGAAUCCUGGCGAUGGGCGCCUGGAUCCAGGUCUUCAAUAGCCAUGAUAUUCUUGUCCAUAGACGCAUCAACUAUACAGAACACAUCGAGUGGAAGAAGGAAAGAGGAUCAAUUGCGAUCGGUGAUGCUAUCUGGUUCGCCUUGUCCAUUCCUAAUAACUUCCGCCGCCUCGAUACCAAAUGGCAAAUUAUCCCGGUAUAUAGCUUUGAUGGCAACCCAGGGAAGAUUCCCACGAGAGGGAAAUUUUUCCGAGAGAGAUUCCGGAGCAUUGUCCUCAUUUGCUGUACGGCGCUCUUCCUCUUUUUGAUCUGCUCCUAUUUGGACUGGAUCCCCAAGCAGAAUGAUAUCUUUUCCCUCUUGGACAAGAGAAGUCUCCUACUCAAUGCAUCCUGGCAGACUUUGCCCACCCAGAUCCAUCUCUUUUUGUUCUUCAUUAUAACUAUCUUCUUGCUGCACAAAGCUAUCUAUGCCCUUCUCUCGGUCGCCGCAGUAUUCCUCCAUCUCUCUUCUCCCGCACACUGGCCUCCAUUUCAAGCAUCGGCCCGAGAAGCAUGGUCGAUUCGGAGGUUCUGGGGUUUCCUCCCUUCCAAUGCGGACUUCAUCAUCUCUGUAUUCCCUCUUCGUCCAAACACGAUAACUUAUCGCUACGUGCGCUACUUCCUUUGCUUUUUCGUUUCCGGAAUGAUCCAUCUCUUACUUGAUAUAGCGAUCGGUAUAUCUCUGGAUGACACAGGCGCCAUGGUAUUCCUUCCUGUUCAGCCAAUUGCAUUUGCGGUAGAGGAUGUGGCCAAAUACCUAUCGAAGAGAUAUGGCGUGCUGCAAAAGGAUACGGCCGCGAAGAGAAUUAUUGGAUAUCUCUGGGUGGUGAUAUUUUCUUUCUGGAGCUGGCGCCCAUGGGCCUACCCGGUGUUGAAGAGGGCGCUGGAAGUUGGGGAGCCGAUAACUUCAACCUACUUCCAAAUGAGGGAGUCUUAUAGCAGCAUGUAA